CACAAAGUUUUUAAGAUUUGGUUUCUGAUUUAAAAAAAAAAAAGAAAGAAAGAAAGAAAGGGAGAAGAAGAAAAGGGACAGGAGAAUGAGGAUGGUGGUUUUUCUAUCAUAAUUCUUCACAAUUUAUAGAGAUAUUUCCAAUUAUAAUAAAAAAAAUAAUUGAGGGUGAUAUGGAAACGCAAAAAUUGAAUUAGGUUCGUUGUUUUCAUUUUUAUAAAUGAGAAGCUUGUGAAGGCUAUUUUCAUUUUCUCCUCCAUACCCAUUUUUACAGAGAUGAUGAGAUGCAUUUCAAUCAAUUCAUUUCUAGAAAAUUUUAUAGUCUGAGACAAACAGAGGUCUCACCCUCGAUCAAUUCCAAGAUCAAGGCCUUAGUUCAACAAGGAAAAUAUUCCCAAGCCCUGGAAUUACACUCCAAAACACCCCAUUCCGCUCUCACCACCGCCAAAUUCACCUUCCCAUCUCUUCUCAAAACCUGUGCCUCCCUUUCAAAUCUCUACCAUGGAAGAGCAAUCCAUGCCUCCAUUGUCACAAUGGGUCUACAAUCUGAUCCAUACAUAGCCACCUCUUUGAUCAACAUGUAUGUGAAAUGUGGGUUACUCGGGAGUGCACUCCAAGUGUUUGACAAAAUGUCUGAGAGUAGAGACUCAGCUCCAGACAUCACUGUUUGGAACCCUGUGAUUGAUGGGUACUUUAAAUAUGGCCAUUUUGAGGAGGGUCUUGCUCAGUUUUGUAGAAUGCAGGAACUUUCAUGGUACAUGGCAGGGAGGCAAAUUCAUGGUUACAUUAUCAAAAACAUGUUUGAGGGUGACCCUUAUUUGGAGACAGCACUGAUUGGGAUGUACUCCAGUUGCAGUAGACCAAUGGAGGCUUGGAGUCUGUUUGGUAAGCUGGAAAAUAGAAGCAAUAUUGUAGCAUGGAACGUGAUGAUUGGGGGGUUUGUUGAGAAUGGGAUGUGGGAAAAAAGCUUGGAAUUGUAUUCAUUGGCUAAGAAUGAGAACUGCAAACUUGUUUCAGCAUCAUUUACUGGUGCAUUCACUGCUUGCUCUCAUGGUGAAGUUCUAGACUUUGGCAGGCAGGUUCAUUGUGAUGUGAUAAAAAUGAAUUUCCAGGAUGACCCUUAUGUCUGCACUUCCCUCUUAACCAUGUAUGCCAAGUUUGGAUCAGUUGAGGAUGCCAAAAAGGUUUUUGAUCAGGUACUGGACAAAGAAGUUGAACUAUGGAAUGCAAUGAUUUCAGCUUUUAUCGGUAAUGGUCAUGCUUAUGAUGCUUUGAGGCUCUACAACAAGAUGAAAGCAGGUGAAACCCCAGUUGAUUCAUUCACUAUUUCAAGUCUUUUAUCAGGUUGCAGUGUGGUUGGAUCGUAUGAUUUUGGUAGGACAGUUCAUGCAGAAGUAAUAAAGAGAUCGAUGCAGAGUAAUGUUGCUAUACAGAGUGCAUUGUUGACAGUGUACUGCAAAUGUGGAAGUACGGAAGAUGCUGAUUCAGUUUUUUAUACAAUGAAGGAAAGGGAUGUUGUAGCAUGGGGCUCCAUGAUUGCGGGUUUUUGCCAGAACAGAAGGUUCAAGGAUGCUCUGGAUUUGUUCAGAGCCAUGGAGAAGGAAGGGGUGAAAGCAGACUCCGAUGUUAUGACUAGUGUGAUCAGUGCGGGUUUGGGACUGGAGAAUGUAGAACUGGGUCACUUAAUCCAUGGAUUUGCUAUUAAGCGUGGAUUAGAAUCGGAUGUCUUUGUCGCUUGUUCCCUGGUUGAUAUGUACUCCAAAUUUGGUUUUGCAGAGAGCGCUGAAAUGGUAUUCUCUAGUAUGCCAAACAAGAAUCUGGUGGCUUGGAAUUCUAUGAUUUCAUGCUAUUCCCGGAAUGGCCUUCCAGAGAUGUCCAUCAAUCUUCUUCCUCAAAUUCUACAGCAUGGCUUCUACCUGGAUUCCGUCUCCAUUACCACUGUCCUUGUUGCGGUUUCAUCAGUUGCAGCACUGCUUAAAGGGAAGACUUUGCAUGCAUACCAGAUAAGACUACAAAUUCCAUCCGACCUUCAAGUGGAGAAUGCAUUAAUCGAUAUGUAUGUGAAGUGUGGAUGUUUGAAAUAUGCUCAGUUGAUCUUUGAAAACAUGCCCAGAAGAAACCUAGUGACAUGGAACUCAAUGAUAGCUGGUUAUGGAUCUCAUGGGAACUGCGAAGAAGCAGUCAGAUUAUUUAAAGAGAUGAAGAGAUCGGAAACAGCUCCCGAUGAGGUAACUUUUCUUGCCCUGAUCACAUCUUGCAGCCAUUCUGGUAUGGUUGAAGAAGGCCUGAAUCUAUUUCAAUUGAUGAGAAUCGAGUAUGGGGUUGAGCCUAGAAUGGAGCAUUAUGCGAGUGUAGUUGACCUAUUGGGCCGUGCUGGACGCUUGGACGACGCUUAUAGCUUCAUACGGGGCAUGCCCAUUGACGCUGACAGGAGUGUUUGGCUAUGUUUAUUGUUUGCCUGUCGAGCUCAUCAGAACAUGGAGCUUGGGGAGUUGGCUGCUGAUAACCUACUGAAGAUGGAGCCAGCCAGGGGCAGCAACUAUGUGCCACUGCUGAACCUUUAUGGAGAAGUCGAGAUGUGGGACAGGGCUGCAAAUUUAAGGGCAUCUAUGAAGGAGAGGGGCUUGAAGAAGAGUCCCGGAUGCAGUUGGAUUGAAGUGAAAAACAGGGUUGAUGUUUUCUUCUCAGGAGACUCAUCUUCCACAAGGAGGAUCGAUAUCUACGAGACAUUGAAUAGUCUUAAGAGUAACAUGGAAGGGAAAGGAUGCUCCUAUGAAGGGAUUGAGGUGUGUUAAGAUCCUGUUCGUGAUGAUUUCUAAAUAAAUCAAGAUUUUUCAAUCGUUUCAUAUGGGCAGGACAGAUCAGAAGAACAAGCAAGAUAAGAUAAUUCUUUAUGUGAUCAAGGAAACAGUAGGAGUAACUCUUUGUUUCUCUGCUUUCAAAUUUGUCAAGAUACAAGAUUGAAACUUCAUACACCCAACACCUCUUGUUGGUCCAUUCUGACUUAUCCGGUAACGUAAUAAUCAGUAAACUCAUCUGAUUU